AUGAAAAUUUCCAAAAUAAAAAAGUUGAAAACCAAUCUCAAACUGGCGUAUCUAAAGUAUAAAAAGGAAUUCUGUACAGCAAUACUGAAUUGUUGUGUGUAUAUAAGCAAUAUCAUCAUGAUUCGUGCAAUAUUCCGCCAAUCAGUCUAUUUAGUCAAAAUGUUGAAUGUUCUGAUAGUGUUCAUGUGUGCUGCACCAAUGCUGGUAUUUAUACAACCCAGAACAAAGAGCACAUUCAUUACUGGAUUCUGUGCUGUGGUCUUCUUCCUUGUGCUGCUGCUAAAUGGGUUGCUUUUUACAUUUAGAAAUCAGGUAUUUUGGAUAUACUGUACUGGACAGAAUAAUGCGGUUAAAAUAAUAUCAAAGUGCAUCAAAAGAUCUUCUGUGAUAUUGCUUUAUGGACCAUUUAGUAGAAAAUGCUACGAUUUAUGCAUGGAUGAGGAUAUUUUCAAGAACUUCAGCAAUUGCCAGUUACAGCAAAAAGACCUUGAUAAAUUCAAUAAGAUGCUUCAACACAACCAGUUUGCAAACGUAACAGGAAUCCUAUACAGAUAUAUCACAGUAGUAAACACGAAUGAAAUAGACACGCUCCCCGAUAAAAUAACGGAUACAAUAUCAUAA